AUGUGCCACACAACUCCAGAGUUUGAGCCAGAGUUCAUAUCAGAACUUGAGUCCGGCGAAGACAUGUUGCCAGACGAAUGCCACAGCCCAUCGUAUGAGCCAGAGAGCACACCAGAAGCUGAUUGCAACCAGCGCUUCAUGCUUCCAGAAAUAAGCACCGGCAUCGCAGAGAUGUCAGAGUUGUACCAGUUUGCCCUUGGGUUUGAGCCGGAUGUGUCAAGAGCCGACCCAAGAGCACUGAGCGAUAGCCAGCGCCACAGUUUGUGCGAUGCUUCAUGUUGUGUCGAGUCCAUGCAGAGCCGUGAGCGACAAGUGCCCAGUGAGCAAGUGUGCCAAGUUGUCGGUACAGCUGUAGCUGCCGUUGAUCUCAAAUCCCCGAGCAUUCUAGCCAGCGUAGAAGCCAAAUCAGUCAGAGGACCCAUUAUUGAGCCGCCCCCUGGGCUCAGAGUAAUGCCCCAGUCAGUAAUGGCCAGAACUCCAAGAAUCGAGUCGGCUGAGUUCCAUAGCGCCAGAGAGCUGCUUAUUGUGCGCAAUUGUGUUGACUUGUCCCAAUCAGACAAAGUACAAGUCCAAGACUUGAGUGCUGCGACCAAGACCAAAGAAGGCAGCCGUGCGGAGUUGUCUGUUGAGUGUAGUGAUUCCAGCUGCCAAGAGGCAAGCUCAGUGAUGAUGCCCCAGUGCACAAGCGAUCUGUUUGCAACUUCUGAUAUGACCCGAGAUCAGAUAGAGUCAACCGACUUGACUCAAGUGCCCAGCUACAAAGCUAUAGAUGCGACUUCAGUCCAUAGCGAGGACAAGUCUCGUGCUCCUUGCAACAGACCUGCAGAUUUGAGUGACUGUUUGAGCACCCGAGUUGACGAAACAGAUGUUUCAGUUUGGGACCCCAGUGGUGAGUCCAAUGCUGGCCUGAAUGGAAAUUUUCCCAAGUGUGCAAAGAUGCCACAUUCUGUCCCCGUGUAUAACGAAGGACAUAAUACUUUGCCCAAGAAAGAUCCAGAAAAGGCUGCGAGGCACAGAUCCGAUUCCAAUUGUGGUGAAGCAUCUGAGCAUGUUAAGAAGCUGACCACCUUGCCCGAGCAUGAUGAUGGUCAUGCUUACUCAAACCCUCUUGUGAGGUCUCAGUGGGGUCAGCACACAGAGCCGUAA